GAAACAAAGACGCACAGACCCUGUUCAUUAAAAAUCUACCCUCGAACUGUACCGUGGAAGAAAUCAAGGCUUUAUCUAAGGACAUCUUGCAAGUUCGACUGCGAACGCUGUUUACUAUUAAGGGCAAGAACAGGGAACGACCAGGGUAUGCAUACUUGGAGUUUGCCAGCGAGGCAUCAGCCGAGAAAAACUACGGAAUUCUGGCCAAGUCUACAAUUAGAGGAAGCAAGAUGGUGGUUGACUACGUGGGCGAAAAGAGCACCUUUUCGAAGAAGAACACUAACAAAUCAGGUGAAGAGAUUGAUCCUUUGAAGUUGUUCGUGGCUGGAUUGCCAGAUGGAACUGUAGAAGCUGACCUGCGCAAGAUUUUCCCUCAGGCUACAAGCAUCACGAUUCCAUUGAGGCAGGGUGACAAGAAAGUGAUUGGUUACGGCUUUGUGACAUUUGCAACUGAAGCCCAGACCAAGCAGGCCCUGAACAAAUGUCAGAGCCCCAGCCUCAAGGGUGUGACGGUGGCUGUGAUGUUUGCCAAAAAACACGAUGAGAAGAAAAAUGCCAAGAAAGAGAAGGCUAAAAAAG